AUGAAUAAACUAUUUGAUAAUACAGAAAAAAUAGUUAAAUUUAAUCGAAGUUUAUCACAACAAUUACAAAUCAAAUAUGUUUUAAAUCCCUAUACACAAUCAUUUAUCGAUGUUCAACAUGCUAUUAAACUCGGAAUUCUACAUAAUGGUCAUUAUCGAAAUAAGUCUGGAGAUUUAAUUCCAUUUCAUAUUGCAGCAAAUCAAGGUUUAAUAGAAUUUAUUACUACUGAUCAACUUGAUUAUGAAGAAAUGGAAAUUGAAUAUCAUUCAAAAUCUUGUCCAAUUAUAACAAAUCUUCGUAUUAAUCAAGUUUAUGAUCAAUAUAAACAAUCUAUGAUUACAUUUCGACAAGCAAUUAAUUCUGGUUAUCUUGAUACAGAAUUAUUUCUAUAUUCAUGUUCAAAUAUAUCAAUGUCGAUACACGAAGCUUUUUAUCAUGGAUAUAUUCUUGGUGAAUUAUGUACAAAUAUGAAUAAACAAAUAUUAUCAUCUCAAGAAAUUUUUCAUAAUACAAAUAAUUUUGAAUAUGAAAAUUUAUUUACAAUUUUAACAAAUAUUAUGAAUAGUUUAAAUGAAUUUAUAAAUACAAUCAAUAUUAUAGAUGAUUGUCAAUUGACAAUAGAUGGAUAUAUUCAACAUAAAACAACAGGCAAAUGUUAUUUAUUAACACAAGCGAUGGAACUUGAUUUUAUUUCAUUUCAAGAAGAUGUACGAUGA